AGCAGGACGGAUUCCUCUAUCUUGAGUCUUACUGCCAUUGUCACGAGCAUCAAUCAGUCACCAUGCAUCCCAGUGCUCUUGUCGGUCUUCUGGCCUUCGCGGCAGCUGCCUCAGCCCUACCUGGUGCUUCCUCCCGACACGCCCACUCAAAAUCUUCGGUUAGCAACCUCAAGGACAAGAUCAAGAAUGUCGUGGUGCUGGUGAUGGAGAACCGCUCCGUCGACAACCUUCUGGGUGGCCAGACGAUCAAGGGUCUCGAGAACCCCAUCAACAACGGGCCCUUCUGCAACCCGUACAAUGUGAGCAACCCGGCGGAGGGCACCGUCUGCAGCGCCGCCCAGGACUACGACUCCGUCACCGAUGAUCCCGACCACGCGGUGUACGGCAAUAACAUCGAGUUCUAUGGCACGUUCACGCCGGACAACAAGGCGAUUGAGUCGGGCGCGUUGACACCCAGCCAGAAUGGCUUCGUGCACGAACAACUGCGCCUCUACGGCGCCCAAGCCAACCGUACUCUGCUCGCCACCCAGGUCAUGAACUACUAUACCGAGGAGCAAGUGCCGGUUCUCACUCAGCUGGUGCAGAACUACGUUGUCUUCAACCACUGGCACUCGGACAUUCCUGGACCCACAGAUCCCAACCGUGCAGCCCUGACUUCAGGAACCUCCUACGGGCACGGCAGCAACGAUGAUGCCUUCUCCGUACACGGUUUCCCUCAGCAAUCCAUCUUCCAGCAGCUGAGCGAGACCAAUCACACCUGGAUCAACUAUUACGACACCGAGGGUGGCACGGGUCCGGACUCCGAGUUCUACGACUGGACAUACACAGCCAACCGCACCAGCCAGGUCCAGCCCUUGGAGCAGUUCUACACGGAUGCAGCGGCGGGCAAGCUUGCCGAGUUCACCUACCUAAACCCAUCCUGCUGCGGCGUGGGCACCAACUCGAUGCACCCCAGCGGACUCAUCUCGGACGGCGAGAAGCUAAUCAAGGACGUGUACGAGGCUCUGCGCAACGGGCCGCAGUGGUCGGACACGCUGUUCAUCCUCAGCUUCGACGAGACCGGUGGCUUCCAUGACCAUGUGCCUCCUCCCUUGGCCCCUCGGCCGGACAACCUGACCUACACGGCCACCACGCCCAGCGGCGAAAACUACACCUUCACCUUUAACCGUCUGGGAGGCCGCAUCCCGACGCUAUUGAUUUCCCCGUGGGUUGGCAAGGGGUACGUCGAGCAGAGGGGCACGGAUGUAGAGGGCAAGACGGUGUCGUACUCCGCGUCGUCGAUCCUGCGCACGCUCGGCUAUCUCUGGGACUUUGAGCCCUUCACCCCGCGUGUCGAAUACUCUGCGUCAUUCGACCAUCUCAUCCAGUCGAAGGCUCGCAACGACACUCCUGCCACGCUGCCGGAGCCCAUUGCAUUCCGCAAGUAGCGUAGCACGGGCGCGCAGGGCAAACGUACAGUAAGAGAACAGGAAAGAAUACCACUGCAUGACCAAG